AUGCAAAUCCAUCCCGGUAUUCUAGUCAUUGCGGCUACUCUAAUACAUUUAAGGCCUGUCUACAGUGCUCAAAGUGCAACUCUGGUACAAGCAGAAAGCCUUAUUAAGUGUGGACAAACGAGUUAUAAUCAUAAUGACGCUUAUACUUCCACCGUGAAUGCCUUCAACUCUCGUGUUUACGAAGCUUUCAAUGGAAGAACAAGAUGUGGUGUACCGGGAGAUACUUAUUGGAUGGCACCUCUCAAGAAACAAAAUGGCUUGUACAGCGACGGUUCUUACGUUAUCUUUGACAAUAGACAAAGAAUAGUGGAUGUUAUCUACUCCUUGUAUCAGAAUUACUUCAAGCUGUGCUAUGUGAGCAACCAACAAACUUGCCCCGAGAACCAUCAACAACCCUCUCGGCCAUACACUUUAUAUGCUUGGCCCGUAGGAAGCUUUCUAGCCUCAACCCAAUAUUCAAAUGAUAUUACAGGAUAUUGGAGAUCUCAGUCGUAUGUGGUAGGAAAUUCAGCAUCUUAUCAAAUUGGUAUUGGGCCAGCUUAUAUCAGUUCACGGACGAGUACGGUUUCGUUCUACCAAAGUGGCGAUUAA